AUGUGGAGACGAACCUAUCUACUCUUACUACUCAUCCGUGUUUACUUUGCGCUCUCGCCAAGCUAUCUACAUCCCGAUGAGAACUUCCAGGGUCCAGAGGUCUAUGCCGGCCGCAUCUUUGGCUACCCUUCCAAACUCCCUUGGGAAUUCACCGUCGACCACCCCAUCCGCAGCGUCUUCCCACUAUGGCCCACCUACGAGGUUCCCAUGAGCCUGUUGCACUGGUUCUACACGGAAUACGGCACUGGCAACCCACCACCACAACUAGUAUACUAUGCCUUACGAGGAGGAAUGUUCAUGCUGAGCUUUGUGCUGGAGGACUGGGCGAUCUAUGAACUGGUGCCAUCCCCGCGCCACCGCCGUGCGACGGUUGUCCUGGUGGCCUCGUCGUACGUCACCUGGACAUAUCAGACGCACACCUUUUCCAACUCUCUGGAAACACUACUGGUAGCCUGGGGCUUGGUUUUGAUUCGGCGCAUACUCGAGAACAAGCAACGCUCGUCCUUCUUCUCCUACGCUGUUCUCUCGUUCAUCGCAGUGGCCGGUGUCUUUAAUCGAAUUACCUUCCCUGCUUUCCUUCUCAUCCCAGGUCUACAAUUGUUGCCAUACUUUCAGCGCAAACCAAGCUCUCUAGUAGCAAUCAUCGGCUUCGGCGCUCUCUUCUCCUCAAUAGCAAUCUACGCAGACACCCUCUUCUACCGACCCUCAUCGACCUUCCUCUCCGCCAUCCGCAACCCAAUCAUCACCCCAUUAAACAACCUUCUCUACAACAGUGACACCACCAACCUAGCCACCCACGGCCUCCACCCACACCACCAACACUUCACGGCAAACCUCCUCCAACUCCUCGGCCCAGUCUACAUCGUCAUGAUCGUCUCCCUCUUCCGCACCCUACAAAUACCCACCUGGCUCCGCAAUGCGCGCGCCAUCUCCGCCCUCUCCGCAACUCUCCUCCUCUCCAUCUUCCCCCACCAAGAACCACGCUUCCUAAUCCCCUGUGUGCCCCUACUCCUCAGCUGUAUCCGCGUGCACCGCUCCCGCAUCUUCCUGGCUGCAUGGAUCAUCUUCAACGCUAUAAUGGGCUUCCUAAUGGGCGUCUACCAUCAAGGCGGCAUCGUCCCCGCCCAACUCGCCAUGCGCAACAUAGUCGCAACCAACACCGUCGCACAAGGCAUAAAAACAAACCCAGACGCAUCAGUCUUCUGGUGGAAAACCUACUCCCCACCACAAUGGCUCCUCGGCGCAGAUAACAGCUCCACGUCCGCGAUCACCACCUUCGACCUAAUGGGUAUCCCAGGCGUAGACCUGAUCCAGCGACUAGACCAAUCCGUUCCACGCUGCGGCACCGUAUCACCAGUCUACCUCGUCGCGCCGACAUCAGCGACCUUCCUGGACGAGUACGCCGCGACGGGGAUGCCACGAACACCAGAUCUCCAACUGUACCGUCUCUGGACGUACCGCAAGCAUCUGAAUCUGGAUGAUCUGGACUUUGGCGAUGACGGGAUCGUCCCGACGCUGACGCGGGUGAUUGGGCGGCGUGGGUUGGGUGUUUGGUCUGUGCGGCGGGCUUGCAAAUAA